CUUAUCCAUAGACAAAUAUGGGAGGGAAACAAUCCCAACCAACGACCAAUUUACCAAGCCACUUUUCACCCCUCUUUCCUCCUCUGUGUAACUAACAAUGGCAGCAGCAGCAGCUUUUUCUUCCAUUGUCACACCUUCAUCAUCCUCAUCUUCUCUCGCUUUCUUCCCUUGUGAAACUUCAUUGAACCAUCUUUCACCCAAUUAUUUCCCAUCUCCAAAAACAAAACCUUUCCCCAAAACCCUCACUCUUAAAUCCCAGAAUUACAUUAUCUCUUCUCUCCCUGUUCUCUUCCCUCUCCAUCUAUGUCACUCUUCAUCUGUUGUUAACGAUAUCGAAGACUCGAUUACUGAUGAAUUAGAAGAAAACCCAGAUGAAUUUGAACAAGAUGAAGAGGAUGAAGAUGAAGAAGAAGAAGAGGGAGAUGAAUCAGAAGAAGUUCAAUUUGAAGAGAACAAAGGGUUCGAUUCAUAUGAUGAUCGCAGGAUUUUUGUGGGUAAUUUGCCUUAUUCAAUGACUUCAACCCAACUGUCUGAAGUCUUUGCUGACGCUGGUCAAGUACAGUCCGUUGAGAUUAUAUAUGAUAAGGUAACUGAUAGGAGCAGAGGGUUUGGAUUUGUUACCAUGGGAAGCAUCGAUGAGGCGAAAAAGGCCGUUCGGACGUUUGAUGGUUCUCAAGUUGGAGGACGAACUGUGAGGGUCAAUUUUCCAGAAGUACCAAGAGGUGGUGAGAGGAAAGUGAUGGGACCAAAAAUCCGAUACAGCAACCAGAGGUAUGUGGAUACUCCUCACAAGAUCUAUGCUGGUAAUCUCGGAUGGGGGGUUACAACACAAGGCCUCACUGAUGCCUUUGCAAACUAUCAAGGUUUUUUGAGUGCCAAGGUGAUAUAUGAUAGAACGAGUGGAAGAUCCCGAGGUUUUGGCUUCAUCACUUUCUCAUCUGCUGAUGCUGCUGAAUCUGCUCUUUCUGCCAUGAAUGGGGUGGAACUGGAAGGGCGAUCUUUACGACUAAAUAUGGCAGCCGACAGAUCUCGUUCUAACACCGAGGCUUUUUCUGAGCAGACUGCAUAACUUUCUUCUGUUAGCCCUUCAAAAAGGAAUUAGACUGAGUUGGCUAAAAUUUAUACUCCCUUUGAAGUAGCAAUUUUUCAGAGGGAAUAUAAGCGGGAAGUAGACAGAUGGUUGUAAACAGCAAAUGUCGCGAUACCAUGUAAUUUAUAUAUUCUUGUUGUAACUUGGACAAGUUAUUAUUUUUAUUUUCUAAUAGUGUACAAGUUCAAUUUUUAAA